GUCUUCGCGCGUCGAGCUAUCUGGUUGGCACUCGCGUCGAGUCGGGCACUUAUAUUCGAAUUGACGUCGCACGUCUCUCGUUCUUACCUCAUUUUAUCCUCGUGGUUCAUAUUAAUCACGCCUGCGUCAGUUUCGUUGCUAAGUUUUGUGCUCCGUCCGGUUAGAACGCGCUGUUUGAAUUAUCGGGCAGUUCGUUUUUCAAUAAGGAAGUUAGACAGUGCUUUUUUUUGUGAUGUGCAUGGAAUCAACGAGCAACUUCAAGAUGACGCUUGCCUGGGUCUGCCUCAUCGGCCUGUUGUGUUCGACGGCAGUUAAAGCAGCAUCGAAAUCGAACCUGGUCGUGGACAUCGAGCCGAAACGACCGACUGCCGUCCGAUUGGGCGAGAGCCUGCAAAUUUUGUGCAGAGUUGGUAGACCGCUUCGGGUGUGCCGUGUCGAGAUACCUGGCGAGGAAGGUGGUAUAGUUCUGUCGAAGGGGCAACCGCCCGAAGACGGCAUCGAGUAUUACGGGGAGGGAACGGAGGCGGGCCAGUGCGGUGUCCGCAUAGCCAAGAUCAAGGAAAGCCACGAUGGAAUAUUCAAAUGCACCCUGACCACGACCGACAGCCGAUCGGAGGAGCAGGCAUCCAUGAGGAUCAUCGUUGCCAAACCGCCGAAUAAUCCAGAGCUUCACACUAGUCAAGGAUCGGAUGGAAGGAAUAUAUACAGGAAGGGAGAAAAAUUGGAAGUGAGUUGCAGCGCGCCAGGCGGGCGUCCAGCGGCCAACGUUUCUUUGUUCCUCGACGACGAGCCAAUCGGUAACGAGGAAAGGCCAACGAUUUACGACUCGAACGUGGACGACAAUUCACUGGCCGUGCAAAAUGCAUCGCGCGCCUUGGACUGGACCGACAACGGGAAAGUUCUUCGAUGCGUGGCCGGUCACAUCGCCCUCGACCGGCCUAAAGAAACCACUAUGCAACUGCAGGUCUACUAUCCUCCUCAACCUCAGUCAACGAUCGAACGAUUUGGAUACGUAAUUGGACGGCAGGGAAUCGUGAACGUGACCGUUUACGCAAAUCCUAGGCCGCGUUUUUUAUGGCGUGUGAACAAUGAGAUAAUCAACGAGGGACGUCCAGACGAGAGCAAUCGGCUCGAAACCUCGACCGCCGUGGAUCUGGGGAGAGGAGCGUGGAGCGUAAUCCUGACGAUCGACAGUGUGCAAAAAUCCGACACGGAGAAGGAAUAUAUCCUGGAAGCCCGCAACGGCGAAGGAGCUUACGAAUAUCGUAUCAUUUUGUCGACAGCCACAGAACCAGCAGGGCCGUUCGGUCACUUCUAUGGUAAGCUCUCCGAACACAUGCACGCACUAGGCGUCGAUUUAGAUGCUGGUUCCAUCAUCGGAAUCGUGGUCGGUGCCCUGGUGCUACUCCUCAUCGUUUUCAUACUAAUUUUUGCCCGCGCGACCGGACGCUGGUGCUUCGCAGCGAGGCGUCGGGGCGACGAGGAAGCUGCGAGCGGUGUCGGCGCCGGAAGCGAGGCGCACAUCACCCCUGGGGACGAGGACGAAGAGGAUCACGACGAGGACCCGCGUAUCAUCGAUGAGAAAAUACCGCAGGGUGGCCAGGAGAAUCCGAUACACGCGAGCACGGAAUACGUGAACGGGCGCACCGACGUCAAGGAGGCGAAGAAGGACGAGAAGACGGACACGCCUGUUUAAAAAAAAAGAAAAGAAAAAUAAGAAAAAAAAAAAAAAAAAAGAAUCGACCGAUCAUCGUCGUCAUCGUCGUCGUCGUCGUCGUCGUCGUCGUUCCUUCUUCUCACGCGGAAAUAAGCUGUCGCCUUCGAUGGUUCGACCAUCGAACUUUUGCAAACCGAUCAUCUUUCAUCCCGCGAAAAGUAAUAUCUCGUUAUUCUCGUAUUUCGUGGAUCGAGGUGUGAUUUGGAUCGAAAUCGAAUGAAACGGAAUGGAUUCGAGGAAGGGAACGGAAGGGGGCGGAAUUCGAAAUAUUCCAGGAAACGAUUGGUUUUCUUUUUUUUUUUUUUUUUUUUUUUUAGUAUUAUAGACUUAGAAGUACUUUUUACUUCGAGAGACAGCGUUAUCACGAGAUCACGAGUUUUCUUUUUUCUUUUUCUGACUUCCGAUUCGAUCCAAUUUGCCCCGCGAAACGAACCCGAUUAUUUUCUUCACUCGAUUAUUUUCGAUAUAAAUUUCUCGCUCGCUUCAUUGAACGACACCGUCAACAUCCGAGGUAAAUGACUAAAAAAAAAAAAAAAUAUUCCAUUGACGCGAAGGGGGUGUUUCAAGAGGAAUUCUCAAGAGGAACACGCGCUUCCUUUCUACAUCUCGUCGCACGAAUCUCGCGUUUAGUUUGUUAAGAACGAAUCUCUUUCUAUUUUUUAUUAUUAUUAUUAUUAUUAUUAUUAAUAUUAAUAUUAAUAUUAUUACUAUUAUUAUUAUUAUUAUUACUAUUAUUUCCUCUUUCUAUACAAUACAACAUCGCGUAUUUAUUUUUUCACGCGACACACGAGUAUUAAUUGUUAUUUUAUAUUCGCCUUGACAUAAGAGACAUAAAGUAUGAAACUCCGCGUCAAAUCUUACGAUAUAAUCCUUAAUUUAACAACUCUGUCUAAUCUUGCAUUUCCUCGUUUCUUUUUUCCGUACGAUUUUUCCGUCUCUUCGAAUGGCAGCUGCGUUCGUAAUUCCGCGGGAACACGAAUUAUUCUCCGCUCGUCAACGAUCGGGAAAACACGAUCCCUCGAUGCCUCGAUUGAAAAAAAAAAAGAAAAAGAAAGAAAAAGAAAAAAAAAGGAAAAAGGAAAAAAGAAAAAAAAUAAUAAUGAACAAUUUCGCGACGAGCGAAAUUGUUGUUUUUUUUUCGGCCUCCCCGCUGAUCGCCGUGUAUAACUUUUGUAAAUAGGAUUUUUUUCGCGACCCGACGACCAACCCGUCGUCCAAUCGGCGGUGCAUGCGUUAGCCGCCUUUUUCCUUUUCUUCUACGACGAAACAGACGUACACACAUACAUACACACGUACAUAUAUAUAUAUACACACGAAUGGGAGGGAGGGGAGGGGAGGAUAAAUUCGCUUCGAUCGAGUCAUUUCACACUUUAUUGAAUAAUUGUACGCGUAUCGAUCGUCAACUUUUCGAGGACAGUUUCCCCAACUAGAAGAUAUAUACUUUUCGAGUUACACGUUAUAGGUUGAAAUAUUCAAAGUUUCGAGAAUUAAAUUAAUUAACAGACCGAACUGAAUUGUAGUGAAAAAAUAUAUGGACGGUCUGUAAAACCUAUAACUUGUACCUUGUCGAUCGUUGUUUUACCCCUAAAAAUUUGUAAAAUUAAAAAAAAAAGAAUCCUUAAAAAGUUAUCUAAAGAAUUUAAAGAAAAAGAUUCUAUAUAUAUAUUUCGUCCUCGAGAAGUUGAUUGGAAUAUCGCUAAGGAAUAUCGUUGUUAGAUAAACACGCGUUUGCGAGCUGUCCUCGAAUAAUUCUAUUCUAUUCUAAAAAUAAAUCGAGUUUCCAAUAGGGAAGAGAAAGAAUCGCCUUUGGAGAUUCACGCUCGGGAAAGAGAUGGACUGUCGUCACGGGGAGCGUGUCAUGUAUGUACACACACGACAAGCGACGUCUAAUGAUAAUAUUAUCGAUAAAACAAAGUGAUUACGAUUAGCGCGAAACGAAGUGGGGACGAGCGGGAAAUUUCUCGGAUAUUGGAAAAGUUUCAACAAGCUUGGCGCGAACAAAUCAAACAUUUUUGUAGACGAGUUUUUUCUAGAAAAAAAAAGAAUAAAAAAAAAAAAAAGGACGCAUCAACGUUGAAGAAUAAAUGGGAGGGUAAGGGGGAUGGGGAAAAUCUAGAGCAAAAGAGUAAAAAAAAAAUAAAAAUAGGAGAGUAGGAUGAAUUACGCGUGCACGACGAACAAAAAAAAGAUAAAUUUCCACGGUUCGAUAUUCCCUUCUCUCGAAAAAUCGUCUCUGCGAGUUUGUUUCAAAUAUAGAUAUAUAUAUAUAUACAGCACAAUUAGUUAGCAGCAAAGGUGUUAGAUCGAGUAAAAUUACGUAUUCGAUAAAAAAAAAAAAAAGCGCGAGUCAAAGUUUAUUUUUCAAUUUAAAUAUUUACUGUUUUGUUUUACGAUUCGAAACGGUUUCGAUGUAAAAUACACAAUUUACGACGAAAAAGAAAUAUAUAUAUAUAUAUAUAUUUAAACGGUCAAAUAAAUUUUGUGACCAAUCGCACGAGUAUACAAAGUCGAACGGAUGUUUUUUGUAAUGAAUUAAACGCAGAGGAUGAAAGCUUCCAACGCGCUUAACGUUCGGCUGAAUUUUUCCAAAGCUUUUUUUUUUUUUUUUUUUUUUGUUCAACGUGUCCCUUUCAACCACGACAGAAGGAAUUAUCAACCGUGAGAAGAAAACGCUUUACGUGCACGUGCAAAGAGAUCUAUUAAAAAAAUAACGCCGUAACCACGUUCGAAAAAAAAAAGGGGGGAGAAGAGAAACAGAAACGAACACAUUCCACGAUGUAGCUUUCGUUCUUAGGCGAGUCCUUUUGUUUUUUUUUUUUUUUUUUUUUUUUUUUUUUUUUUUUUUUUUUUUUUUUUUUUUUAAUCCAGGACAUAUGUAUAGUCAACGCGUGCUGACUGACACGUAUCUCGCGUUCUAUAAUUUGUAUAAAUGUGAUUUUUUUUUUUUUUCUUCUUUUAGCAGAAACAGUAUUAUUUUACGUGUAUACGUACUCGAAACGAAUAAUUCAAUGACACGGAAAUGGAGGCGUGUUCUAUUUUUUUUUUCUUUUUCUUUUUUUAGAGAUAGACAAUAUACACGCCCUAUCCUUUCCACGUAACAAUCUCUUUUACACGUUCAAUCGAUCCAAUGAUUGUUCAGAUUGUAUUGAUAUUUAUAAUACUCGUUUUAAUAUUCGGAUUGUGUCGCGACUCGAUAACUCGACGAUCGGAUUAUUCAUAAGUUUUUUAAGGAGAAAUUGAUUCGACAAUCGUUCAAACUCUCGCGAUGCUUUUAACCCGCACUCUACUAAAGCUUUUUACCAAACGAUUCCGUUUUUUCGCAAAAAAGAAUUUCCAAUAGAAUAGCACAAAUAUACGUUUAAGAUGUGUUUUGUAAAAAAAAAAAAAAGGAAGAGAGAAAAUGGAUAUAAAAAUUUGUAUAAAAGUAUCGUUAAAAAAUAUAUAAGGCGGAUAAAUGUUAAAAAAGAUUCGUUGGCACGUUAGCAGCAUUUUAGCCAUCAUUACACGUAUCAUCAUGUUUCGAGACCGCGGCAAAGACUGAAAACACAACAUUCCUCUCGAACUGUCGAAUUUUUCUACGAACAAUUUCUUUUUUUUAACCAAAAUUUUUUAUACCGUGCAGUCAGUUUCAUCGAAGAAAAAAAAAAGAAGAAGAAAACACCAAAAUUCUCAAACGAUAAAGUGUAAAGAUUUUAAAUGGAUAACUUUUGAUACUUCGAACUUUACGUACGAUUGAUUAGACGACAUUCGUACGAACGACGAAAAAGAUGUUCGAUAAUCGACAUUCACAAUUAAAUUCGUUCACAGUCGCGAUGUUUUCUCCGAAAACGAUGCGCGAAAGAAACAACGCCCGCAAAUGUUUUUCCUUUCUCGAUCGCGAACUUAACUUCGAUUUUUGCAUUAUCAUUCCCAUUCGACAAUAAGUGUUCUUUGUACUUUUCUACGGAAUAAUCCUUACUUAGCUCAGUCGAUAAGAAAAAAAGGAAAGAGAGAGGGAGAAAGAGAAAAAAAUAUUCACGAAAAAAGUAAAAAAAAAAAAAGAUGGAAAGGAACUUAACGAUUUUACGUGUACACGUGCAUACACAGACACACACAUACAUACAGCACACUUUACAGAAAGAAGAAAAAAAGUUCACGAACGUAGGUGUCCACGGCGUCGUAAAAAGAUGAAUUAUUAAAAGAGUAAAGGGGCAAAAAUAUAAAAAGUAAAAAAAAAAAAAAAAAUAAGAAAAAAAGGAAAAAAAAGAAAGGAAAGAAAGAAGAGGGAGGGAGGGUGAGAAGAAGACGAGAGUACCCUGUAUCUGUCACUCGUUGACGAAACAUUUCCGAAUUCUGCACAUACACUCCUUCACUUUUUCCAUAUGCGAUCGUGUUUUCACUUACAAAGAAGGAUCGUCUCGUCCAACGAGUUCCCGCCCAUCCAAUUUACAAAGAAUAUAUAAUAAGUAUCGAUCAACGUAAUUAGAGAAUGGCGAAAAGUGAGACGAAAAUGAAAAGAGGAGGAGGAGAUUAAGAAAAAAAGAGGAAAGAUUCCGGAGGAACUGGUCGGACGAAGACGAUCGAUCGAAGAAAAAUUACUGUGUUGUAUAUAUUAAAUAUAUAUAUAUAUAAAAUAAAUAAAUAUAUAUAUAUAAAUAUAUUAUAAAUAUUAUGGUACGAGAUUGAAUAUAAUAGUAACGAAUAUAUAUAUUAUAUAUAUUCUGUGUCGAGGGCACUUGGCUUGCAACUCGUAAAUAUUAAACUGAAUAAACUUAUUUAUCCACUUGCACUCCAAUUGCCGAGCGACCUGUCGUUAUCCGUGAAUUUUUUGAGAAAAAGACUAUUAUUGGGCAGAGAGAGUGAGAGUGAGAGUGAGAGUGAGAAUGAAAGCGAGAGUGAAUGAGAGAAAGAGAGAGCGAGCGAAAGAGAGAAAGAAAAAGAGAGAGAGAGUAGUAAGGUUAUUAUUAAUAUAACUUAAGCGUGAGUUUUAAAAAAUGAAUUUCGCGAUGGACGAAUGAGAGGAGAGAAAUACGAUCGUCUCGGUCGUAAAUAUUAUCUUAUCCGGGUGAGGAGGAAAAAAAAAAAAGAAGAGAACAGUGCGGGGGAAAAAGAGAACUAGAGAAAAUUGGAAAAAUUAUUAUUUAGAAAGUAAAUCGAUUAAACGUGGAUUGUACGUUGCCAAUUAAAUACUAAUAAUUUGUAUCGCGUUUUGCAAUGUCGAAGCGUCGUUUGCGCCGUUAAAGAGGCUGAGCCGUGUAAUGUAAAUGUGAGCAACGCACGUUUCUCUUACCUAUUGCUCUGCUAAAUUUCAACACUAGAACUGCCUAAAUAUAUUGUAAUAAUAACGAGAUUUAAACGAUAGAAGAAAAAAAAAAAAAAAGAAAUGAUAGUCGAAGAUCAGGGCCCUCUUGUUUUAUAGUGAUAUUUAAGAAAAAAGGAAAAAAAAAUGGAAUUUCACGAAUCAAAUUUUCGUCAAUUAUCUAUUAGGUUAAAUCGCUGUACAAAGAAAUAAUAUUCUUCUUACUGCCAAUUUACCAAAUGUCCGAUUUAGCGAAGCAAAAUGUGUGCAAGAUUCGUGCAUUCCUCAACGAAUCACGUUUUGUUGCGGUAUGUAUUAUUGUGUGACGACGAGCGACUUAAACG